GCGUGAGAGCAGGCGAUUCUCACCCACUGUCGAUGGCUCGUCCUCUGUUCGAACUUGACCACACCCCACGGCGCACCACAACACAAGAGCCCCCGCUGAAACGCCCGCCUUUAGGCGGCAACGCUUCAGCCCUCAAUCAUCGUCAAAUCAGCGUCGUCCAACGCAUAUCGAAGUGUGGCACUGCUGGUGCCGCUGUAAGCGCAAGCAUUGACCGCAGUGGGAAGGACGGCAGCACUCCUCCUCCGUCCACGUUCAGCGUAGCCGCUCAAUCGCCGAGUCCAGACGACGCAAGAGAGUCCCAACUCUCCGAGACUCACAACGCCAGAUACGCCGAAAUCGUGGCGGACCAUUUGGACUUAGAGAUAGGAAUGUCCUGGCGGGAAGACUACGGUGAAGAUGCGAGUAAGCAGCAGGAUCUCGAUCUGUCCUCCCAACCUUCGCCAUUGUCGGACCACUCCGCGCUCACGGUCGCGAACAUCGAGCGGGUGGCUAGGGUCAAGCUGGAGCCGCAAGCCAGGAGAUACUUUUUCUCGGGAGCAGAUCGUCAGCAGACGCUCAAAGAAAACACGGCAGCUUUCGAAAGACUUCGUUUUCGGCCCAAAUUUUUGGUGGACGUGUCGCGAGUCGACACGACUACAACGGUGCUGGGGCACCGCAUUUCGAUGCCGAUCGGAUUUGCGCCGGCGGCCAUGCAGAAAUUGGCACACAACGAUGGUGAAGCGGCAACUGCACAAGCCGCCCAGGACGCCCGCACCGUGAUGAUCCUCAGCUCGCUAAGCACCACGUCGCUGGAGGAGGCGCGCAGGAAAGCGCCCCGCUGCCUGCUCUGGUUCCAGGCGUACCUGUUCCGCGACCGGUCGGUCACCGAGUGGAUGGCCAAGCGUGCAGCCAGAGCGGGAUACUCGGCCAUCGUGCUGACCGCCGACUCGCCCGUCGUCGGCCACAAGCUGGGCCCGGCUAAGAGCCGAUUCGUCCUGCCCCCCAACGUGACUUUCGCUAACCUCAAGGGCUGGCACGAAAAGUCCAACAUCCAGCCGGGCGCCCAGGAGGACGUGGACGGCCACAUCUCCCGCGCCGUGUCGUGGCAAGACAUCGGUUGGCUGAAGAGAAUCACCGGACUUCCCAUCGUCGUCAAGGGAGUCCUCACACGUGAGGCCGCUCUCCAAGCUUACCACCACGGCGCAGCUGCCAUUUUGGUAUCCAACCACGGAGGCCGCCAACUAGAUGGAACGCCGGCCACGAUCGAAGCGCUGCCCGAUAUCGUGUCGGCGAUAGGCGGUCGCCUAGAGAUCUACCUGGACAGCGGAGUCCGCAGCGGUGCUGACGUGGUCAAGGCACUCAGUCUCGGAGCCCGGGCGGUGUUCGUGGGCAGACCGCUCAUCUGGGGCCUCGCUUACAAUGGCAAGCAAGGCGUGGACAGAGUUCUCGAAAUACUCAGGACCGAGCUUGAGCGCACAAUCAAGUUGUUGGGUUGCAAGAAUUCAAGCAGCCUCAACUCGGAGUUCGUGGUUCACAAGAACCACUACGCCAGGACCACUUGGAGAAACUUUCCGCGCCAUGAACUGUGAACAGAAAGCAAGAAGACGCGCACUAAGAGAUCUCUGGCUAAGCCCACUCAUGGCCAACUAAAGGAUUUUCAGACGCCGAUGAACGCGCGAAACAAGAGUUAAAAGAAAAGAAUCACAUUCAAAUGAAUCAGGAGUCGAAUGCCCUUCCACACAUAGCAGAAAAGUAGAAAGGCAGAAAUGGACGAAUGCGUUCAGAGGUAUAUGUUAACACUGCUUCUCGGGUCCUAGAUUUCAGUGGCAUCUUCACAUAGUGUAGUUGCGGUCUCAGGAGGUAAUAGGGUGCAAGAAAAAGCCAGGUUAUGUAUUUGUUUCCCUUGAUUUCAAUAAAAAUCAAUACAGAAUUUA